AUGAAAUCUUCCGGGGAUUGCGAAAUAGACGGCAAUGCUGACAUCUAUGGAAUUGGAAUUAGACUCGGCCUCUAUGCACAAUCGGUGACGACGCUAUUUGUCACACUAUUUGUGCAGGAAGAAGAAGCUGUGAACAGAACCAUCAACUUACUCCUGCAACUAGCCAUCUUUGCCGGCACGCUUCUCUCUACACAUGAAGGUACUAUUCACGCCUUCGAAGUUAUCAUAGUCUUCUGGAUGCUUGUAGGCGCACUGUCGAGCUUGACUGUAAGCUGCGUAACCGAUAUCAAUUUCUUUACAGGUACUUGCCGGCUCCUAUUCUACGCCGCUCUGUCGGCGUACGGCUGCUGGUUCUUCUUUGUUGGCCAGGACACCAUGCAAGGAACUCCGUCCUUGUUAUCAUAA